UUAUGUUGUUUCAUCAACAAUCUGUCUCUCAUAUUUUCUUAAGCAAGAAAACAAUCCUCUUAUUUACAAAAGUAACAACUUCUUCUCCACAUCAACAAUGGCACCAGCAACAAAGUAUGCAGUUGUGACUGGCUCAAACAAAGGGAUUGGAUAUGAGACAGUGAAGCAAUUGGCCUCCAAUGGCAUCACAGUGGUGUUAGCAGCAAGAGAUGAAAAGAGAGGCCUUGAAGCUGUUCAAAAGCUUAAUGAACUUGGCCUUUCUGGCAAAGUGGUUUUUCAUCAGCUCGAUGUAACAGACUCUGCCAGCAUCGCUUCCUUCGCCGAUUUCGUCAAAACCCAGUUUGGAAAACUUGACAUCUUGAUCAACAAUGCUGGAAUACUUGGCAUAACUAUUGACAUUGAAGCCAUAAGAGCUUCAGGUGGACAGAUUGAUCCUAGUCGCGCAGUGAUUCAAACAUACGAAUUAACCGAACUAUGCCUCAAAACAAAUUACUAUGGACCCAAAACCAUGAUUGAAUCACUAGCUCCUCUUCUUCAACUAUCAGAUUCACCGACAAUUGUCAAUGUUUCUUCCUACGGAGGCAAGUUAGAGAAUAUAGCAAAUGAAUGGGCUAAAGAAGUGUUGGGUGAUGGAGAGAAACUCAAGGAAGAGAGAGUUGAAGAGGUGUUGAUAGAGUUUUGCAAGGAUUUCAAAGAAGGUUCACUGGAAAGCAAAGGGUGGCCAACACUUACAGCUGCAUACAAGAUGUCAAAAGCAGCUCUCAAUGCAUACACAAGGAUUGCAGCCAAAAAGUAUGAGAGUUUCUGCGUCAACUGUGUUUGUCCUGGCUUUGUCAAAACAGAUUUAAACCGUAACCAAGGCAACUUGACCGUCGAAGAAGGUGCAGAAAGUCCUUCGAAGUUAGCAUUGCUGCCUAAAGGAGGUCCUUCUGGUCUCUUCUUCAUGCGAGAUGAAGUUUCAGUCUUCUGAUGGAUCAUAUAUAUAUAUAUGUCUAAUUAUUGUCAACCUUUAAGAUUAUUGAAUCCUAUACAUACCUACAUACGAUCAUGUAAUUUUUUUUUGCUUUUGUGUUUAGUCAACUCAAUAAGAUAUCACCUCGACCGUCGAAGAAGGUGCAGAAAGUCCUUUGAAGUUAGCAUCGCUGCCUGAAGGAGGUCCUUCUGGUUUCUUCUUCAUGCGAGAUGAAGUUUCAGUCUUCUGAUGGAUCGUAUGUGUGUGUGUAUAUAUAUAUACCUACAUAUGAUCACGUAAUUUUUUUUUUCUUUUGUGUUUAGCCAAUAAGAUAUCUCUUUAUUAUUGUGAUUGUGGAUCAAAGCACAAUUGAUCUCGAAAAGAUGUUUGAAAAAAAACUCCAUGCUUAAUGUUAGAUCCUGAACGAAUUAUUGUUUGGUGUAUAGUAAAACAUUUUUAUGCAUAA